AUGGCGGGCGCCGGGUCCGGCGAUGCGGCGAGCGUCCUGGUCGUCGGCGCGGACGCCGAUGGAGUCGCCCCGUCGCUGCUCCUCACCUGUGACCGGGGAUCCAAGCGCCAGUACCUGUUCGGGUGCGCCGAGGGAUUCAGCAGGCUCGCGCUGGAGCACCGCGUGCGGGCCACCGGUAAGCUCCGCGCGUGUUUCCUGACGUCGUUCCAUCCCAACGCGUGCGGCGGGCUGGGCGGUACGUUUCUCCGGCUGAGCGGCGACGGCCACGGGGACCUGCUCGUCGCGGGACCCAGCGGCGUGGGCGCGCACAUCCGGGCGCUCAGGCGUUUCGUGAGGUUCAGACAUCCGCAGGUCACCGCCCUUCGACUCGUGCCUCCGGCCGCGGCGGUCGACGCCGCGGCGAACCCCGACGACGAUCACGUCGCGCAGAGCUACGAGGACGACUCGAUAUGCGUCCUCCCGCUGUUCAAGAGGUUCGAGCACGCGGAUGAGUGCCAGCUGUGCGAGAUGGAGGCGGAGGCCAAGAGGAAGCGCAAGAGGGAGAAAGACGGUGCGGAGGAGGAGGAGGAAGAAGAGGAGGAGGAGGAAGAAGAGGAGGAAGAGGAGGCGACGAAGAAGAUGCCACCGCCGCGUAACCCCACGCCGGAGAACUACUUUCUCGGCUACGCCGUGUGCGUGAAGGGCGCGAGCGACGAUGACUUCGGUCCCACGUUCCUCGUGCUGGACUGCGGCGACGCCGCCGCCGCCAAGGAAGCGGGGGAGCAUCCGACCGUGGGGUGCUGCCUCCUGGGCAAACACCGAUGCGCCGCGGUGUUUCACGCCACGGCAUCGGACGUGCAGAUUCACCCAGCCUACGAUGUCUGCACCUGGCGCUCACCGAGCGAUGCGUUGAGUCGGAGGUGGGCGGAGACGUGCGCGAUCGAACACGGGGACCAUCCGAAUCCUCGACAACACCUGCCGACGCACGUGAACUGCGUCGUCGCCAACGAGGUGGGCUUCAGAGCCGGUGCCAGGACCCUCGCCAGGCUCGAAUGCGUGUGCGGCAUGGCGUUCCCGACGCCCCUCGCGCAUCAUUUCCCGUACAAGCCGCCCGCGACGCCGCCGAAGAUGCCCCCGUUUCCGCAUCCGCGGCGGGUCGACGGAUCGCUUUGCGCGAGGGUUCGCCUGCGCACAGCUAUCGACGAGAAUGAGGAACGGGGAUUUGGCGCUCGGGGGUCCUCCCGCGGGAUCGCCGAGGUCGACCAAACCACGGAACGCCCGGAGGAGCUAGACAUCGAAGCCGUGCGGGACGAGACGCGGCGGCUGAUGCGAGACGCGUCAAUCGCCGAGGUUGAGGGCGAGAGGUUCGACGGGCACUCGCCGGCGACGCAUUUCCCGGAGCUGUUGUUUCUGGGCACCGGGAGCGCGGAGCCGUCUCGGUAUCGCGGCUCGAGCGCGAUUUUGAUCAAACGGGCGGCGCGCUCAACCGACGAGGGCAACGUGCUACUCGAUGCGGGCGAAGGGUGCGCGGGAGCGAUGAAGCGAUACCUCGGUCAUGACGAGGCUCGUAGGGCGAUUCGGGACCUUAAGGUGUUGUGGGUCUCUCACCAACACCCGGAUCACAUGCUGGGCGUGCGAGGGGUGCUCGCGUUGAGACGACCUCAGCAACCCGGUUCGGGGCUAAACCCCGGCGAGGUUCUCACGAUCGUCGGCCCCCUUUCGUUGAAGGAAUGGCUCGAGGAAUCGCCCAAUCCUCCGGGGUUGGCCAGGCCCUGGCGUUUCGUUCACAGCGCGUCGGUAUACGCCGAGGGUUUCGGCGGCGGUCCGUUCAGGACGCCGCAGAGCUUCCCGCAACGACCGCCCCCGCCCCCGCCCCCGCCGAUGCCCCCGCCCCCGCCCCCGCCCCCGCCGAUGCCUCCACCGCACCCGGGUUCAGGGGCGAACGGGUACUUUCUUCCCCGCGUCGCCGACGACACACCCGCGAAAGAAUUGGCUCGGCACGCGGGACUCUCGCGCUUCGAAGCGCUCCCGGUGCGCCACUGCCCCGAAGCCGCCGCGGUGGUCCUCGGCGGCGGCGCCCCCGUGUCGCACGGCGGCCUCGGCGCCUGGCAGAUGGCGUACAGCGGCGACUGCAGACCCAGCGUCGAACUCGCCAGGCUGGCGCGAGGCGUCGACGUGUUGAUACACGAGGCUACGUUUGACGAUUCCUUGGCGGACCAUGCGUUGCGUAAGCGUCACAGCACCACGGGCGAGGCGCUUCGGAUGGCGUCGCAGUGCGGGGAGAGGACGCAGGCGGUGCUCACGCACUUCUCGCAGCGGUACCCCCGCGGCGUCGGCGUUGGAAGCGUGGACGGAGAGGGCGGGACGGGGGCGCCGCCGGUGACGGCGUUUGACGGGAUGCGUUGCCGGUUGGACGAGGUCGGGGUGGUGAGGGAGUGCAUGGGGGGCGUCAACGAGAUGUUCGCGCGGUACGAGCGGGCGCGGGAUAAGACGAUGGACGAGGACGACGUCGCUGGCGCCGUGACGCUCGAGCCCGAGGCGGAGGAGGCGGCGGCGGAGGAGGAGGUUCGAUAG